GCGAAGGGCAGCAUGGAGCCUAUUGGAGGAGAAGGGUGUGCGAGCAAAGAAGAGAAGAGAAGAGAAGAGAAGAGAAGAGAAGAGAAGAGAAGAGAAGAGAAGAGAAGAGAAGAGAAGAGAAGAGAAGAGAAGAGAAGCGAAGAGAGGAGAAGAGAAGAGAAGAGAAGAGAAGAGAAGAGAAGAGAGGAGAAGAGAGGAGAAGAGAGGAGGAGAGAAGGGAGGAGAUGAGACGAGCAGCACACGUUACAU